UUGUGGAUCAAGAUGUAUGUACCAUCAAGUAUGACAGUCGCCAUCUUGCCAAAAAAUGCUUCAGAGAACGCUGCGUUGUAAUCCAGAAUGUUUUCUCUUGUAAGAUAUUCACGCCCAAGCAACAAUGGAACAAUAGUUAUGUCUAGAUUGUUCCCACAAUAUGUCCAUCUUCACUUUUACCAGGAAGAACAGCAGUGCAUCCUCGUGGUUUGGAGUGUAAAUACCAGCUUCAGGACGAGCGGUGUGAAAGAAUUUCUAGAAACUUCCAACCUGUCCAGGUUUACAAUCUGCAUCAUCCAGAGAGGAGAAACGCAGAGUAAAGGAAGACUCCUGCUUUGAUAGCAUAUGUGAUUCACUAAAACAUCAUUGAUGAUUUCCUUUGAUCUGGAAGGUAGCCGGGAAGUCAACAUUUCUCUUUCAUCAGUGCAAAUAUCAACUUUAGGGUUAAUAUCAUUUCUAUGAGAUGAUGUGAACACAUUCGUGAGGACUAAAGACACCACAGUUUGUGAUGAAAGAAGAUUUGGUGUUAUGCGCACUUGAGGAAAAUGGUCGAGUUUGAUCGAAACUCUUCAUUAUCAUCAUCAACACCAACGUUAUGAUCUUCAGGCUGAGGCUUUCGUUUCUGAUAAUUCUUGAAACGCUUCGCACACAUGCCAAUCUCUUUGUUAUCAUUUAAGUUAUUUCCGUCUGCUUUUAAAAUAGCAAGCAACCAAUUGUGCUGGGGAAGUCUUAUGUUUUUAGUAGACUUCUUGGUUUUAAUGUCUCUCUUUAAGACAACUUUACAAUCCGCAUCAGCACAACUAUCUCAUUGUCAGACGCGAUUUUAAAUAGGAUAGAAGCGCUUUAAUACAAUAUAUAUUUCAAAUCAUGGACAUAGAAGCUAUUUGUUACUAUGAAGAAAAUGUAAAAAGCAAUAUCAAAAGAGCAAUGAGAUUGGGGUAAUAUUGGAUAUAUUGUAAGAUAUGUUUAGUCACUAUCGUAUUUAACGUCCUAAUUAUGAUCAACAGCGAUGUUCAUUUAAGGUCGUGGCCUUUACAUGUCGACAUAACUUGUAUGCGUGCUACGGGUUGUUGUAUAUUAGGAAAGGCACAUGUAUCUUUAAAGUUAGGAGUGUAACAGGGUGGUCUGUUAUGUCCAGUAUCGUUCAACAAGUCAUUGGUGUAACACACAUCUACGCCAAAUCUUUUGGCAGGAUUAUGACAAGUUAUAAAACUCUCUACAGUUUUGUAUAUGCUAAAUAAUUUUGAACGCACUGAACUGGAAGACUUAUAAUGUCAUUUGUUCACAUAAAAUGACCUUUUUUCAUACAACGCUUCAAAAUAAUAUCAUCGGCGGUAUACUCAUUGUUUUAGUAUUUCGGUAUUUUGUUCCUAUGGCAAAUUAACAUUGCUGGAAAUCAUACUUUUCUAGUCAAACUUGAACAGAUACUUGAUGAACAUCAUCAGUUGAUUAUUACAGGAUAUGGAUGGCGAAAAUGGAAUUCUGAAAAUGUAGGAAUUUUCAUUUUAUAAAAUCGAUCAUUACUUAUUUAUGAAAGUUAUACAUACAUAUAUGGUAAAUCACUAAAGCCAAUUUUUGCUGCUUUAAACUCCUUGCAGAUAUACACUUCUAGCUUGUGAUCCGGAUAUGGGGCCAUUCGGCAGGCGGAAACAUCGUUUGAAGUUAGUCGUCACAGUGCUACUGACGUCAUGCGUCUUGUACAUUUUCCGUCAUAUCGACUUUACAACUAUUGACAGCAAUGAGAUCAGUGUCCAAGGGGAUCAGAUAAUAAAAAGGAAUACCAAGCAAUCUGGAAAUAUAUGUUUUGAAAACAAAACAUUUGGCCACACGAUUCCCCUAACGUACGCUAUGCGCAGGAUUAGAUUACAAGACAAGUGUGCGUCACUAAAUCCUAGACCGAGUCUAUAUGGAGAAGACUUAGUGAGACAACACCUUCUGGUGGACAGAGGGCAUCACCUUGUUUUUUGCGGGGUUGAGAAAGUUGGACUAACGUUUUGGCGGAGAUUCUUUUCUAUUCUCAAAGACACAAAAAAAUCCAGUCCGUACAGCAUCCGGGCAUUUGACGCCUACAUACCAGGAACGGUAGACACUCUGUACAACACGACCCUGCUGGAAUACAAGCACGUGAUGUCAUCUUCAUUAUCAGUUAUGUUCUCACGUGAUCCAUACGAGAGAUUAUUUUCCGCGUAUGUAGACAAAUUUAUUUCACCGAACAUCAAUUUCUGGAUAAGAGUGGGUACAAGUAUUAUUCGCAAGUACCGAGAACUACCGAAAUUUAGAAGUUUAAGGUGUGGGGAUGACGUCACAUUUGCAGAGUUUGUAAAAUAUGUAAUAAACCUUUCACACGGUCUUGAGAGUGUUGACAGCCAUUUUGUAACAAUAACGGAACACUGCCGUCCAUGUGAAAUAAGAUAUGACGUCAUAGGCAAGAUGGCGACAUUCUAUAAUGAUACGAUGUUUUUGAUACAGACUAUAGGACAUACGAGGAUGUAUGAUGAACUUCAUGGUCAAUUUUUUGACGCUUACGCAAGGGACCAAUUUCGACACAGUGUAGAAUUGCUGUUUUUCUUCAAAAAAGAAUUGGUUGAAUUGCAUAAAUGUGUACCAGAUUUCUUUAAAGCACAACAGCGGAUGUGGCGUGCUCUUCAACUACGAGGGUUGAUCAAUUUGAAAACUAGUUAUCCAAUCAAAAGAAGUGAAAGUGAUGACGUCAGUCAGGAACAAUUACUACAACUUUUACUUCAAAACUUAAAAGACCGCGUGCCACGUGUUCAAAAGAGAGACGCCAUGUUGGCUGCGUAUAAUUCUGUAGAUAUUGAAGUCUUGUAUAAGCUUCGUGAAGUAUUUGAACCAGACUGUGCAUUGUUUGACUAUGACUGUUCACCGUCAAGUAUAUUUAACCAUAGCAGACAAAGAAAGGACCACAACUGGUUAUUUGAUUUCGAGUGAUCGAAUGUUUUGGACAGGUUGAACAUUUUGUGAAAUGAAUGUAGACAGCAAUGUCAGAUAUCAACAGCAAUGGUUUGAAAUAAGUACAUUUUUGUACCAAUAGACCGUUAGUAUCAUACCAACCAUUGCUAAUAAAGUCUUUAAAGCCUUGAGUCUCAUAAAUAUUCGUUUAAUUGUAUUAAAGGGGCAUGAUUCCUUUGUUUGCAUAAAGUUUAAGCAGUCAAAA